CAUUCUGCCUAAAGCAUUUCACCUCUCACCUGCAGUUCCUGGAAGUAAAAAAUAAAAUACUAAAUCAGUAGUCAAAAAGGACAGGAGUCGGCUCACAGACGUGAUGAAGACAGAACUGCCUAUCCUGGUGACAGGAGCAGCUUCACAUCUGAGCAGAGAUCCCGUUUCUGGGGUGUCCUGAUGAAACUGAAAAAAAACCAGCCCGUGUUUUGGGCCAAUCUGUGAUAACAGGAAAUGGCCUUAAGCUGAUAGAGGGGAAAUUUUCUUAGACAUUAGAAAAAAAAAGAUAAAAAAAAUCCCUGUUGGGGUGGUCAGACAGCGGAACAGUUUCCCAGAGAAGCUGUGGAGUCACCAUCCCUGGAGGUGUCCGGGAGGCGCCCGGCCCUGGCGCCGGGUGACGAUUGAGCGGCUCAGGGUCAGGGCGGCAGCGCUGGGACCGGCUGCUCUUUACAGCUCCUUGCCCGCUGUCCGGGGGACAGCCCCAGCUCCCGGCGGCCUCACAGCAACACCCCCGGGGAGGAGGAGCCGGAGCCGCGCCGGGGCUCGGCGGCGGAAGGGUUAAACCGGGGAAGUGCCGCAGCUCCGGGGCGGCCCCCGGCCCCCCCUUUGCCCCUUGCCCGGCCAUGCCCGCCCGCCGCCCGCCGCUGCCAACUCGCGCUGCGCUUUCUCCGGGGCCGGGCGGCGGUGGCGGUGGCCGGCCCUGAGCUCUCGGCGGCUCCCGGCGCCAGGCCCGGGCCCAGCCCGGCGCUGCCCUCAGCGAGCCCCUUUCUGCCCUCAGACAAACCCAGAGUGCUGCCUGACAGGAGCCAGAGAUGACCAGGGAAGAAGAUCUACCAGACUGGAACUCAUCCAAGGAGUUUUAUGAAAAAUAUGAGCCGAAGGAGAUUUUGGGCAGGGGGGUGAGCAGCGUGGUCCGGAGGUGCAUCCACAAAACCACGAGGCAGGAAUACGCCGUGAAGAUCAUCGACAUCACGGCAGGGAACAUCUCCCCCAAGGAGGUGCAGGAGCUGCGGGAAGCCACCACCAAGGAGAUCGACAUCCUCCGCAAGGUCUCGGGCCACCCCAACGUCAUCCAGCUGAAGGACAGCUAUGAAUCCAGCACCUUCUUCUUCUUGGUGUUUGACCUGAUGAAGAGAGGGGAGCUCUUUGACUACCUCACUGAGAAAGUCACCUUGAGCGAGAAAGAAACCAGGAAGAUCAUGCGAGCGCUGCUGGAAGUGAUCCAGUACCUGCACUCCAUCAACAUCGUCCACCGAGACCUGAAGCCAGAGAACAUCCUGCUGGAUGAUGACAUGAACAUCAAGCUGACAGAUUUUGGCUUCUCCUGCCAGCUGAAUGAGAAUGAGAAGCUCAAAGAGAUCUGUGGCACUCCUGGCUACCUGGCCCCCGAGAUCCUGCAGUGCUCCAUGGAUGAUGAGCACCAAGGCUAUGGGAAGGAGGUGGAUAUGUGGAGCACCGGGGUGAUCAUGUACACCCUGCUGGCCGGCUCGCCGCCCUUCUGGCACCGCAAGCAGAUGCUGAUGCUGCGCAUGAUCAUGAACGGCGAUUACCAGUUCGGCUCCCCGGAGUGGGACGAUCGCUCCGACACCGUCAAGGACCUGAUCUCGCGGUUCCUGGUGGUGGACCCGCGGCAGCGGUACACGGCGGGCGAGGCGCUGGCACACCCCUUCUUCCAGCAGUACGACGUGGAGGAGGUCCGGCACUUCAGCCCCUUCCGCAAAUUCAAGGUGAUCUGCCUGACCGUGCUGGCCUCGGUGAGGAUUUACUACCAGUACCGGCUGGUGAAGUCGGUGACCAGGGAGCUGGUGGUCAGGGACCCCUACGCCCUCAAGCCCGUCCGCAAGCUCAUCGACGCCUGUGCCUUCCGCACCUACCGCCACUGGGUGAAGAAGGGCGAGGCCCAGAACAGAGCUGCCCUCUUUGAGAACACCUGCAAGGCCAUCCUGCUCACCCUGGCGGCCGAGGAGGGGCUGUUCUGAUCACUGCCCCAGCCCCUGGUUUGGCUCACAGUAGGCGAGUAAAAUCUUG